GGAUGUAAAGGAGAUGAAUCAUCUGUUAGCGAAAUAGGAUGAUGACAAAAGUGUAAUGUUUUUGAUGUCUUUUUAACAUUUUUACAAAGUUAAGGCCAAAAAUGUCUCCUCAAAACCAUGAGCAAGUUGUGACACAGGCGGUUAUGAACAGAUAUGUGAAUGUGGAGAAGACUAAACGUGAUGUUUUGACAGCACUCCAACAUUACCGUGGGCUAGGACCAAAGUUAGAUAAAUUUGUUUUUAAUGAUGGCAGCGACCAAGAGUUGUUGAACCUAGAUGGGACGAUUCCUGUCCGAUACAAAGUAUUCCGCAGUGGCACUUCACGCUACUUACUGUGUCUUGAAGGCACGAUACCUGUUACAUAUAAAGGUUCCACAUACAACAUCCCAAUAUGCAUCUGGCUGCUGGACAACCAUCCUUUGUCUUCUCCGAUGGUGUAUGUCAAGCCCACCCCCGAUAUGCUUAUAAAAGCUUCACGUCAUGUGGAUCAGAAUGGGAAAGUGUAUCUGCCUUACUUACAUGAAUGGAACCCGAAUUCCUCAGAUUUACCAGGCCUCAUCCAGAUUAUGAUAAUGACCUUCAGUGAAAUGCCACCCGUCUACUCAAAGCCAAAGACUGCCCAGCCCCCUGGUGCAACACCAUACCCACUACCAUAUCCAACAAACUCUCCUGGUUACAUGCCUAUGCCAGGAGGAGGACCAAAUAUGCCAUACAGCCCGGCUCAAACUGGUGCCAAUACUGUGUACCCACCCUACCCCACACAACCUGGAGGCUAUCCUCCAUCAACCACACCAUACCCCGUCUAUCCUCCGGCAAGCACAGCGGGCUAUCCUCCCUCUCAGCCCCCCACUUCAUAUCCGCCACCUUAUUCUGCUGGGGGCAUAACAUAUCCUCCUUACCCGUCCACUACAUCCAGCGUCCCUACAGGGCAGGCUACAGAGACUAGUGGGGUGACUGGAACAAGCACAACAACUAGCACCGGCACAAUCACAGAAGAACACAUACGCGCAUCCCUUAUCUCGGCUGUAAGUGACCGUGUUCGAGCCAAACUUAGAGACAGCUAUGGGGGCUCUCAGGCUGAGGUAUCAGUGUUGCGGCAACAACAAGCAGACCUCAACCAAGGGAAAAUCAAGCUUGAGGGCCUUAUCAGCAAAUUGGAGCAAGAGCAAACUGAAUUAGAUAAGAACAUCAGGGUUUUACGUGAGAAAGAGGGAGAAAUCAAGAAUGUGCUGUCACGCUUGUCAUCUGCUACGGAGCCACUGAAUGUAGAUGAAGCAGUCACUACCACUGCACCGCUUUAUAAACAGUUGUUGAAUGCUUAUGCUGAAGACCAGGCCACUCAGGAUGCCAUUUAUUACCUUGGAGAAGCUUUGCGGCGAGAUGUGAUUGACCUUGAUUGCUUUUUGAAGCACGUCCGUUCUCUCUCACGGAAGCAGUACCAGCUGCGUGCAACAAUGAUCAAGUGUCGAGCCAAGGGGAACAUGGCUGGCUGAGGCGUUGAAUAUGCAAGGAUGGCUGGAUUUAUGUGGUGUAUGUUAUUAAGCUUGAUUUAUGAGUACUAGCAUCAACAUAGGCAUGCUAAAUGUGAAUCACUAUUAGCGUACUGGAUAAGAGUUGAUAGGGUAAAAUUCAUACUUUUGAAUACGUGAUCAGUGUUAAAGUUAUCUUGUGAAAUCAGAAUGGGUUGUAAAAUGUAUCAUUCUCAACAGUGCAAUCAGUUUUAAAGGGCAUUGCUGAAUGAAAUGUUCCAUGUUUACUUAUUUUUUCUUGUAUAUACAUUAUAAGUGAAUUCUAAGAUUUGUGAUCAUCCAAUGACAGAAGUGGCUCAUUGAUUCCUUUCUUCUGUAAAAAAAAGUGUUAGAAAAAUAGGAUGAUGAAAUAAAUGAAUGAAUGAAUAAACAAGUAAAUGAAGAUAUGAUUGCUUCUGAGUAAGUCAAACUGAAAAUAUAGCUAAUUUUCUGUGCAAAUAGAUACAAAUAUAUUGGAAAUUACUUAUAUCCAUGAAAUAAUAAGCAAUGUAAAAAUUUGUCAGUUUUAUUUGUUACAAUUUGCCUGUAUAAUUAUUUAAGGUUCUUGAUUAAUAAAUUUUGGUACAGAAAAAAAUUAUAUAUAUAACAGGGGAGAGUUAUACACUGUGAGAGACACAAAGUUGGGAGGGUUUCAGCAUGUCACUAUUUAGUUUGUUUGCAUUUGAUUUUCCUUAUAUUAUGUAGUUCUGUAAUCGUAGGGAAAGCAAUAGUGAUAGAUACAUUUUCAGAUUUUUCCUCAUUUAUAAACAUACAGUAUAUGCACUGCUAUGCUAAAUGAAUUUUUUGCUUACAUUUAUCUUCCACCACAAUUUUCUUAUUGGAAAAACAAAGAAAGAAAAACUAUAACAGUAAAAAAAAUAAACAGAACAUUAAGCAAAUACAUGCUUGUAUGAGUGUUGUCAAGAAUUUGUUUUGAUGUAAGGGAGUAAAAGGGGGGAAAAAUAAAUCAAGGGAAGAACGACAAGGACAAGUUAAGAGAGGAAUUAGUGACAGAAUGAAUAGGGGAAAGUGAAUUUUGCAGUAUAUUCAAAGGUGAAAUUCUGUUUAGACUAGGAAGUGCAUUCAUGAGUAUAUGAAGCAGAUGAUAGGUAAGGGAGUGUAUACAUUAUCUUACAUGCAUGUUCCAUCUUUCUGUUGUCAUUAUUUUAAUGGGUUUUCCAUCUCUUAUUCCUUUCAAACUCCCUUAUCCUGCAAAGCUUUACCCAAAGUUUGUCUUAUUUUUUCACAGAAAAAGCUCAAGUUGAACUAUACUUUUUGAAAUGUAACAUAGCAUUUUGGAAAGCAACCAUGCUUUGAUCCUAUUAGUUUAUAACUUUUUUCUGUCUAGAAAAAAUAAUGCUCAUAUAUAUAUGUAAAUAUAUCAUACCUCUUAAGAAAAAAGACAGAAAACUUGAUCAUACUUAUGGAAGUAGGCCUAUAAGAUUUUAUUUGAGAAACUUUAAAUUUUUCAGGAUUCCAUCCUAGCAAUAGAAUAUAGACAGAUAGGUCUCUUUUUUUUCUCAGUGUAUGUUCUUAAAAGAACAAGUUAGCACUGUAGCUAUUUUAUAAUGCUAUAAAAAUUAUCAUCAUUUAUAGGUCAUUAUCAAUUUCAGUGCUCAUCAGUGGUGAGGGAACAGUAAGGUUAAAGAAAUAUAGAAGUGCUAUAAGACCUCUUUGGUUCAUAGACAGAUUAGGAUAUGUAAACCGUCAUAAACUUUAUUGAUUUCAUUAAAAGAAUUUGUAGCCUGCAAGGACAGCAUAACAGAAUGCAAGCAAAGACACAUCUUCAAUAGAGCAAGGCAAAGUUAACCAAUUAUUUUUGCAUUUAAAUUUUAGGGAACUGUGAAAUGUUUUCUGAUGACACCAUUAGAGCACUUGGAAUUAAGUUUUAGUGAUCCAUUUGGAUAUAGAAAUAUAUAUAUAUUGUCUAUACAUGAUUUUCAAAAUGCUACAGAGUAAGUGUAGUAUUUUGUUAGUGAUGUAACAGUUCACAGGAUGUUACUGUUUCAGAAACUUGUUAUAUCAGAUAUAACUUAUAUUUGAUGGAACAGUUUCACAUUAUACCUGUAUAUGGUUUAACUUGAGUUUAAUCAAAACUUUUCAUGUUAAACUUGUAAACCCUCUAUCAUUGGUGGUAUAGUUGAACUUGUUUUAAUGGAACACUACUGUUAUUCCUAGAGAAACAUCUAUCAUAUGUAAUAUAAGUAAUGCUUGA